AUGUCAAAAGUUGAAAAAGAGGUACAGGCGAAGCUUAACGCUGACAAGCCAGCUGCUCAAAAAGUGAGUAAGACUGGAUCUUUUCUCGCCGGUGGGAUGGCCGCAUGUAUUGCUGUCACGGUUACAAAUCCUAUCGAGUUGGUCAAAACAAGAAUGCAGCUACAAGGUGAAAUGACAGCAGAUGCGAAAAGAAUAUAUAAGAACCCAUUGCAGGCGUUGGCUAUGAUUUUCAAGAACGAGGGUAUUCGUGGCUUGCAAAAAGGUUUGUCGUGCGCUUACAUUUACCAGAUUGGAUUGAAUGGAUCCAGACUUGGAUUUUAUGAGCCUAUCCGGUCUCUUUUGAACCGUACUUUCUACCCGGGUCAAGACCCACAUAAGGUACAAAAUGUGGCCGUUAAUGUCACUUCUGGUGCUACCUCCGGUAUUAUCGGUGCCAUCAUGGGCUCUCCGCUAUUUUUGAUCAAAACUCGUAUGCAAUCGUAUUCAAGCGCGGUCCAAAUUGGCCAACAGACCCAUUACACGUCGAUUGCCAACGGUUUGUCGACCAUUUUCCGUGCUGAGGGUUUCAAAGGUUUGUUCCGCGGUGUUGACGCUGCCAUUCUAAGAACCGGUGCCGGCUCAUCUGUCCAAUUGCCCAUCUACAACACUGCGAAACGAUUCUUGCUUGAUAACAACUUGAUGCAAGACGGAACCGGCCUUCACUUGGUUGCUAGUACCAUGUCAGGUAUCGGUGUUGGUGUGGUGAUGAACCCAUGGGACGUGAUUCUGACAAGAGUGUACAACCAGAAGGGUAAUCUCUACAAAGGCCCUCUAGACUGUUUCGUCAAGACGGUCAAAAUCGAAGGUGUUGGUGCGUUGUACAAGGGUUUCGAGGCCCAGCUGUUCAGAAUUGCUCCCCACACGAUCUUGUGCUUGACCUUUAUGGAACAGACCAUGAAGCUCGUUUACGCCGUCGAGAAGAAGAUCUUCACUGCAUAA